ACAGGAAGUAGGGAGGAGGCUGGGAUUCUGUGGCUAACUGCCAGCCCUCUCCUCCCCCUCAGCGCAGCCUGCCAGCUACUCCCAGCUCCCCCAAGGGACUCAUCCACCAGGAGCAGGCACCACUGCACCCUUGGCCCCAUGGAUGAGAGGCGGUCGCCCUCCCCCUGCUCCUCAAGGCCCUCCAGCCCCAGGACCCCACCCAAUGAGAUGUUUGGUCCUGUGGGCAUUGAGGCUGUGCUAGACCAGCUGAGGAUCAAGGCUAUGAAGACUGGGUUUGAGUUCAAUAUCAUGGUAGUAGGGCAGAGUGGGCUAGGCAAGUCCACCAUGGUGAACACACUGUUCAAGUCCAAAGUAUGGCAGUCAACUGAACCCAACCUGGAUGUACCCAUGCCACAAACAUUGGAGCUGCACUCUGUGACCCAUGUCAUCGAGGAGAAGGGAUUGAAGCUGAAGCUGACAGUGACAGACACACCUGGCUUUGGAGACCAGAUCAACAAUGACAAGUGCUGGGACCCUAUCCUGAGCUACAUCAACCAACAGUAUGAGCAGUAUCUACAAGAGGAGCUCCUGAUUACCCGCCAGCGCCACAUCCCCGACACCCGUGUGCACUGCUGUGUGUACUUUGUGCCACCCACUGGCCACUGCCUACGGCCCCUAGACAUUGAGUUCCUGAGGCGGCUGUGCCGGACUGUGAAUGUGGUGCCGGUGAUCGCCCGGGCUGACAGCCUGACCAUUGAAGAACGAGAUGCCUUCAGGAGCAGGAUCCAGCAAAACCUGAAAACUCACUGCAUCGAUGUGUACCCACAGAAGUGUUUCGACGAGGAUGUCAAUGACAGACUUCUCAACAGUAAGAUUCGGGAGCAGAUCCCUUUUGCUGUGGUCGGGGCUGACCGAGAGCACAUAGUGAAUGGGAGAUGUGUCCUGGGCCGGAAGACCAAAUGGGGCAUCAUCGAAGGUAAGUUUGGGAACAUUGCAGGCAUGCAAUGGGUAGGGGGUUGGAAAUCAGGGCAUACCCUACAUGCAUGGCAUCCUAUGCAUGCCUCCCCUGGCGUCUGCCCAACCUGGAUGGCAACCAUGACUUGCAAAACUUAAUGUAGCCCCACUAUGUGCCUGGAAAUAGGAUUUCCUUCUACCUCAGCUUCUCCAGUGCUGAGUUUACAGGCCUGGACCACAGCAGCCAGAUCCCUGAUUUAUUAUUACCAUUAUUAAAAAUAUAUGUAACCAAGCAUGGCUAGAACAUCCAUAAUCCUAGCAUAGGAGAGGUGGAGGCAGGAGAAUCAGAAGUCCAAGGUCAUCCGCAGCUACUGAUCAAGUUUAAGGCCAACAUAGGCUGCAUGAAACCCAGGCUCAAAAAAAAGAAAAAAAAAUGAGUUUUGUCUUUGGUGUCAUGGUCAUAGUAUUAUCUAUAAUGAAGGAUAGGUUCACUAGUUUAGCAACUAGUUGUAGGAACCAAGCCCCAAGAAUACACAAAUGAAUGAGUCAAUGAAUAAAUGAAUGAGUGAAUGAAUGAACCAAGAAGGAGGAAGUGAGAAAAGACAGGAGAGCCACGGCAAUAGCCGGUCCCAGAAGGUACCAUAACAUGCAGCAGCUGUGUACUCUCAGAGUACAGAGCUGUGCUAGGCCCAUGUCUUGCAGUGGAAAACAUGGCGCACUGUGAGUUUCUUCUCCUGAGAGAUCUGCUCAUCCGGUGAGGUGUGGGGUCCCCUGCGAUCGGGUGGCUGCAAAGGGGGCCUGGGACCACUGUGGCCCAGGCUGACUUACCUCCCCUGGUUCAGCUCCCAUCUCCAGGACCUGAAGGACAUCACCCACAAUGUACACUACGAGAACUACCGGGUACUCAGACUCAAUGAGAGCCACGUGCUGCCCCGGGGGCCAGGCUGGGUGAACCUGGCUCCAGUCUCCCCUGGACAGCUGAUGGCCCCUGGACCGGGAAAGGUCCGAAAGCGAGCAAACAAGGAUACCAAGGACGAAGAGUGCUGAGGGGCCGUGGCCCAAACCUGCUAGGCUCCUUCCCUCCUCAGCAGCCAGCGCCCAACACACCCUAGAGCAUCUAUGUGAACCUGGACUUGCUUUGUACAAAAAGCUGUGCUUUGACAACUAAAGGGUUUGUAAACGAGUCCUCUGAGCCAGUCUGAUACAAGAAUAUGGUCCUUGGGGCUGAGGGUUUGGAUCAGUUGGUAGAAUGCUUUGGCUGACGUGCCCAAAGCCCCGAGUUUGAUCUCUAUCACCACAGGACGUUAGGUAUAGAGCACACAUCUGUAAUCUAAGCACUCAGGAGGAAAGAACAGGAGGGUAAGAAAGUCAAGUUUUUUCCCCAACUGCAUAGCCAAGCUGAGGCCAUCCUGGGCCGUAGUACAGAGUUUACUCUACUGUGUGUGUGUGUGUGUAUUCUUGGGCUGAGGAAGUAGUUCAAUAGAACAGUACUUUUCUUAGAAUAUAGUAAAUAUAUAAACAUUUUUAUAUAUUUAUCUAUUGCUACUAAGAAGAUAAGAUAUAUGUCCUCCCACAUAUAUUUUAAAUAUAUAUUUAAAUUUUAUAUGUUUAAUUUUUAAUUAAAAUUAAAUUUUAUUAAUUAC